AUGAAAUGUCUGAAAACCAUCAUUCCUGAUGAAGAGGAUUUGGUUUUUGUCUCUGAUCGUGCAACCUCUAUUGAAAACGCUCUUUUACAACAUUAUCCGUUUGCUCACCAUGGAAUCUGCAUCUUUCACUUUGAAAAGAAUGUCCAGGACAAUUUCAAGAGUUCAACACUUGUCCCUUUGGUUGUUGAAGCUGCUUAUGCCUACACCAAGGAUGAUUUUGAUUGCUAUUUUCAUGAGAUUGAGGCGUCCGACAUUGUAUUAGCAGAUUAUCUUCGUAAAGAAAACUUCAGGAAGUGGUCCCGAGCUUAUUCUCCUGCUAAUCGCUUCAACAUCAUGACGUCAAAUUUGGCAGAAUCUAUAAAUUCUUUGCUGAAAGUGAGUCGUGAGUAUCCAAUAGUCUGUCUUUCUGACACUAUUAGGAUGAUAAUGACUAGGUGGUUCACUGAACGACGUGAGCGAGGAGUUCGUCACAUGCACCCUGUCACGUUCGAUGUGGGGAACAAGAUGAAGGUGCUAUAUGAUUUUACGUCUCGCUUUCUUGAAGUUUCCAAAAUCAAUGAUUCAGAGUUUGAAGUUAAGGGAGAUACAAGAGAUCAAGUGGUGAAUUUUCAAACAAGGCAUUGUUCAUGCUUUGUGUUUGAUGUUGAGAAGUUUCCUUGUGCUCGUGCAAUUGCUGCUGCAAAGGCUGGAAACAAGCAUGAAAAUGAUUAUGUCGAUGAGUUUUUCUCCAAUGAAAGGUUUAAACUAGCAUAUUCAGAGAGUGUAUAUCCUGUUGGCGAUAAAACAUAUUGGGAUAUUCCUCCCCAUGUAGCUUUGUUUGUCUGUCGCCCUCCAUCUACACGCUUUCCUAGUGGCAGGAGGAAAAAAAAGAGGAUUCCAAGUUCGUGGGAGUAUGAAAAUAUCGGUCCAUAUCCAAACCAUCACCCAAGUCUUACAAAUGUAGGAGAUGUGGAUAGAAAUGUCACAACAAAGGUAGUUGUGUAG